AUGUCAUACUUUGAACGAAAUAUUUUGGUCCAGUCGAACCGGAUUUAUAUUGGAAGUUCAUAUACUCUCGGAGAUUUCAACUCAUUUGUGGAUUUCCUACCAACAAAUUGUUCCAUCUACACCUUUAUUCAUAUUUCAUCAACAACUUAUUACAAAGAUGUAACAAGUAUAAUACCAUCAAAUGCAACAACAACGCUAACCCAACAACAGACAUCUCUUCCUAAUAUCACCAAUGCAGUAUCCCACACAAUUGUACAACAUGUUAUGCCGCAAACAAUAACUUCUGUAGUGUAUCCUUGCAAUGCCCAGACUGAAGUUAAUCUACCUGAUUCAACUAUUUCACCACCUACUCAAGAUAAUUCAACAAUACAACGUUGCAACGUAAGUAAACUGUGCUAAACAAAAGAGAAAUGCGUGCGUGCCUUCACACUACUCAGAUAAUGACAAUGACCAAAUACAAAAAUAAAUCAACUUCCUGGAUGUAUGAAUGAAUGUAUAGAAAACCCACUCUGAAGACCGCUAUAAAAUAACCAAAUAAGAAGUGUGGCAAAAAUUUUCAUUACCUAGUAAUCUAGAAAGUAAUAUUGCAAUCACGUGGAAACUAAUUACUUUUGGGGUGAAUAACUAAUUAUUUUUGUUCGACGAGGUUCAAAU